AUGCCUAUUCUUUUACCACCACCAACUGAAAAUGAUUUUAAAACACGAGCAUCAGAAUUUUGGGAGAGGUGGAAUUUUCCAAACUGUGUUGGAGCCAUAGACGGGAAACAUGUACGUGUUAUGUGUCCAGACCAAACGGGAUCCCUCUACUUCAACUACAAAAAUUAUUUUUCUGUUGUGUUGUUAGCGAUUGUUGACGCUAAGUAUAAAUUUUUAGCAAUAGACGUCGGGUCUUAUGGCAAAGAGGGUGACAGUGGUAUUUUUUCAAAAUCUGUCAUGGGACAACGGAUCUAUACAGAGAAAUUUGGGUUACCUUCUGAGGAUAUUCAACUUCCUGGUUCUGACAAAUGUUUACCCUAUGUUAUAGUUGGAGAUGAGGCAUUCAGGUUACAUAAACGUAUUAUGAAACCUUUUAAUAGAGCACAAGCUAAAGCCGAUUUCGAAAAAAGUGUUUUUAAUUAUCGUUUAUCUCGUGCUAGGAGAGUUUCUGAAAAUGCAUUUGGUUUGUUAAGCCAAAUUUUUAGAGUAUUUUAUACACCGAUCGCAAUUAAACCAGAAACAUGCGAUUUAUUAAUUACAGCCACAUGUUGCUUGCAUAAUUUAAUUCGCGAUGGAUACGAAGAAAUAAAUACACAAAUCGUACAUGAAGAAUUAACCAACACGCAAACAACUAUGCGACCAUUGGCAAGAUGUGAGGAUAUGGAAACGUGGAAGGUUUUGAAGUACGAGAUGCUUCAAAUGUUCUUCACGAGGAAGGCAAAGUGA